AUGGAGAGUCUUCCUAAAGGCCUGGUAUCUGUUUCAGAGAAGGUCCCAACGGAGCUAGAUGGUAUUGGUAUUGAUGCCGUGGACAUUGGAGAUAUCGUGCAGUUGUGGAAAGCAUACAGCACCAACCCAUCUGCCCACGAGGGCGACGCCGGCUAUCGUCUGCAGAACUUCUUCUGGCGGAUCUGGAGCAGCAAGCGUCUAACCAGCGCCCUGACAGGAUCAUCGCUAUCUCGCUUAUUCCUGCAAGUCUCAGAGCCAGACCCAGCGCUCACUCUCACGCCCACGAGUCGCAGCCCGACUCUGCCCCCGACUCCAUUCAGGCCGCCAGAAAAGGCGCAGCCAAAGUCAAAGGAAUCCGACCCGGCUACGUCCAGUUUGAAACGUGAUGAGAAACACCCACAUCCGCCAAAUCACACCAAGAGCCAAAGCCACCCGGCCCCAGCAACAGCCACCAAGCCACUGCAACCCAUCCUAAAGAAAUCUAACAGCUCCUCGCACGGCGAAGUCCAGAAGACCACACGCCUACUGCUUACAGGUCUAGGCGGGCAAAGUGUUACUCGCAAACCAUCGAACCCGCCAACACCCAUUCCUCCGUCCCGUCCUAUUCUUUUCGCGGAACAGACACAGCAAGGACCCAGUACCCCUGUCGCCACUGUUGCUACUGCUAGUCGCGCGGGGCAGAAGAAGUCUAAACCGAUUGUCGUGGCUAGCAAGGCAAAAGCGAAGACUUCGAAGCGUCGUCCUGUGCUGAUGCGGCGCAAGUCAUCGCAGCAGUCUUCUAAUUCGGCGACUUCUACACGCAACCAUUCGCCGCAGACGGAUUUCGUUGACGAGCCUAUCGACUCUGGCAUGGGUUUUGUUCUUACAGAUGAGAUUGAUGAAGAGGCUGUGGAGGACUCGCCUGAUGAACUGACUAUCGUCACCCCAAACGCCCCAAUAGAGCCAGAUCAAACCACCGUCUAUCCCACAACUCCUGACAUCCUAACAGCUCCCACUUCGAAGCCGAAGCCGAAGCCAAAGCAAAUGACAGCCAAAAUAGCAACCGCAGACAAACCCGCCUCAACAUCAACAUCCACAAGCCCACCCCCAGAGCCCUUUCCACCCCUCAUCCCAGAAGACAACGAAGAAAUCCCCGAGCCUGCCCUCCCCGAGCCCUUUGUCUCCGACCUCAAAGAGUUACUACACAAAAACACGCCCCUCCCACCACUCCGCCCGCACGCCUCCCCACCAACCGUCGGCUUCUUCUCCGCAACAGCCUGUCGCCAUUACGACGUGCGUCAUCUCUCCGAAGAAAACUACGAACAGCCCAAUAGCUCCAAACUCGUGGCGCCGGAUUUCAGGACCAGGUUCGUCGAGCAGAAGAGGAUCGCCGAUGAGUACUAUGCGCAGUUUGUCCAGCAGUGUAUGGAUCAGGAUGACGAGGAGCAGGAAGGAUAUCAAGACCUAGGAAACGCGGAUGCGGAUGAAGAUGCGCAAACGGCGUUCUUGGGCCAAAACUCUACCGAAUCAGAAGGAGACGAAAGACCAGGAACGGGUUCAACAACAGAAGCAACCGUCUCGCCUCCAAAAUCCCGCUUCGGCGAUUCACACACGCAAUCACACGGCGCAUCAACAAUCGCAACCUCUAUACUGACCGGUCAAAGCGGGGACACAGAUCCAGCAUUUUAUCAAGGUGUGCAUGAAGGAAUGUUUGCGCCCGCCAACGUUAUAGAGCCAGCGCCAAUCCACGGGCAUGAUUCCGACGAGGAGCUGGGACCUGACCUUGGUCAUCAACAUGGGUUUGUCAAUUCGACUCUGAAUGCAAGCAUCAAUGCAACUACGCCAGCCAUGGCCAUGCCAAUGCCCGUGCCGGGAGGAACAGGAAAUCCGUUCGCUACGCCGCCGGGCCUCUCAUUCACGCGUGGAAGGGGAGGAUUAAGUCUUUUGAUUGAGCAGAGUAGGAACAGUAUGGUUAAUCAGGGGAUGAUGGGAAAGAUUGGUACUACUGCUACGACUACACAGAAGGAGAGAUCGAGCAGUAAGUGA